AUUUAGAUUUUAGGUUAGUCUUCUUCUAUUUAUUUACAUUUAUUUAACUAUCAAUUCAAAAUUCCACUGAUACGAUGUUUGCAAUCAUUCUUAAAAACAUUUCUCCAUAACGUUACAGUGACACGCAGUGGUAUUAGCACGACAUCGGUGAAGAUGAGUAAAAGUAUUCCAGAUCGGUGGAUACCGUACAAGGCAUGUGGCAAAGUAAUUGAAGGAACAAGGAUUGUUUGCUUCAAAGUUCCUCUCAGGAAGGGUGUCCAGGAACACAAUAAGGCAAUAAAAGAAAUAUGGGACAUCAAAACGCUCCUGCAUAAAUUGCCAAAUUUGGGAGCUGUAGUGGACCUAACCAACACGGCGCGCUAUUAUAAUCCAGUGGAGCUGCGACAAGCUGGCGUUCUGCACAAGAAAAUUUUAAUGCCUGGCAGAGUAAUACCGCCCGAGAACAAAGUGACACAAUUUAUGGAUACCAUUGACGAGUUCUUGGGAAAAGACUGCGUGGCCGUACAAGUCAAUAGAGCCAAACUUGGGUUGUCGAGCGCAGACAUCCUGAUCGGCGUACACUGCACGCAUGGGCUCAAUAGGACAGGUUACAUGGUCUGUCGGUAUAUGCGCGAUCGUCUCGGGAUACAGGCCGACGAUGCCAUCAGCAGGUUUGAAAAGGCCAGAGGUUACAAGAUCGAACGUGAAAACUACGUAGCAGAUCUUUUGGGAAAGAAGGCUCCUCCUCCUGACGUCGGCAAGCAAGAUACUAUGAUAAAACCGAUCAACGACCAUGACCAAGAGGAUGACGCUUCCAAACCCAGACAUAACAAACGAUGGGGAUUUAGUAAUCGGUCUGGUUAUAGCAAUCAGGCUGGGCGUGAUAAUUGGCGGAAACGUGACCAUCGUUCGGGUAAUGAUAAUGAUUCGGGAUAUGGCAAUCGAUGGGGUAAUGACAACCAGUCGAGGUAUGACAAUAGGUCAGAACAUGAUAAUGAAUCGGGAUAUACUAAUCGGUCGGGAUCUGGUAAUCGGUACGAUAAACGAUCUGUACAAUACAGGUCGCCUCUAGACCAAUGUUACGAUAGUCAGCAUCAAGACGAAGAACAGUAUAAUGGGUUCAGGAAACGAUUUAAAUAUAACCCUUUCAAUCGUAAUCAAAAUGGAAACAACAGUAAUGAUAAUACCUCAGGUAGUAGUAGCAAAUGGGAUAUGUCGGGAGCGUCUCAUAGACCUCGUUAGAUAAGGUAUGUAUUAAGCAAUAUAAAAGUUUGACGGUUAGAUGACAUCGGUAUACAUAAUUAUUUUGACGCACGGAUCUAUGACCAGUCAUAAACAAUGUCAAACAAAAUGGCAAUAUAAUUUGUUCAAAUUUAAAAUUGCCAAUUUAAAUAAGUAAGGUAUACGGGACAUCCGUACAAACAAAAAGCAUAAUAAAUUUCCAUGUUUGUAUAAUUAGUUUAAUAAUCAGCUGCUGGACGGUAUUUUUUUUACAUACAACAUUUAUAGAUGUUUUUUUUUAACAUGAGCGCGCAUAUGUUAUCAAAUCGGCACUUCGCUCCUUGUCCAUAAUAUUGGUGCGCCUUUUUCAAUGAAUUUAAAUUGGCUGUUUAUCACAUGUGUGUUCAUAUUGUAUAUAACCUAUCUGUUCGAUGAUGCUAGUAUAAAUUCUAAUGUUAUGAUUUUGUUUUAUAUCACCAUUUAGUCUAUUCUGCUCAGUUUGUUAGCUUGAAAGUGAGACCUGUGACCUGUUUAUCCAAAUUUAAUCUUUAAAGUGAGUAUUUGUUUAUUACCCGAAAAAAAACAAAGAACUAUUUGAAGAAUUAAAUGCAAU